CGCCUGGGUCCCUCGCUGCUGGGGGAGGGGGAGCAGUGAGAAUUGGGAGCCCCAAGGGCUGUUCUGGGGGGGUUGCCGACAAGAGGGCUCAGCGUCCCCUCCCCAGUGCAUCGGAGAGUUGACCUAUCGUUAACAGAGGCGACCAUGGCGGCCCUCUGACCCCGUCCCGGCCUGCAGCCUCCUCCUCGCCGGCCCCCUCCCCAGCCACCCCCCUCUCCCCGGCCCUCCGCCCCCGGGGGGCCCCCCACUUCUGCCUGCGCUGUGACCCCCCCAGCCGCCGGCACGGCCCCGCCCCCGCUGCCCCGGUGGUGGCCCGCGGCCCCCCGGCUGCCCCUGGUCAAGCUGGAGUCGCUGAAGCGCUGGAACGAGGAGCGGGGCCUCUGGUGCGAGAAGGGAGUGCAGGUGCUGCUGACGACGGUGGGCGCCUUCGCGGCCUUCGGUCUCAUGACCAUCGCCAUCAGCACGGACUACUGGCUCUACACGCGCGCCUUCAUCUGCAACACCACCAACCUCACGGCGGGCGCCGGCGGCGACGACGGGCCCCCCCAGCGCGGGGGCGGCGGCGCCGCGGAGAAGAAGGACCCCGGCGGCCUCACGCACUCGGGCCUCUGGAGGAUCUGCUGCCUGGAAGGGUUGAAAAGAGGAGUCUGCGUGAAGAUCAACCACUUCCCGGAGGACACGGAUUACGACCAUGACAGCGCGGAGUAUCUGCUCCGGGUCGUCCGGGCCUCCAGCAUCUUCCCCAUCCUCAGCGCCAUCCUGCUGCUGCUCGGGGGCGUGUGCGUGGCGGCCUCCCGCGUCUACAAGUCCAAGAGGAACAUCAUCCUGGGAGCAGGGAUUCUGUUCGUGGCAGCAGGCCUGAGCAACAUCAUCGGGGUGAUCGUGUACAUCUCGGCCAACGCGGGCGAGCCAGGCCCGAAGCGGGACGAGGAGAAGAAGAACCACUACUCGUACGGCUGGUCCUUCUACUUCGGCGGGCUGUCGUUCAUCCUGGCCGAGGUGAUCGGCGUGCUGGCCGUCAACAUCUACAUCGAGCGCAGCCGCGAGGCGCACUGCCAGUCUCGCUCGGACCUACUCAAGGCCGGCGGGGGCGCGGGCGGCAGUGGCGGGAGCGGCCCCUCGGCCAUCCUCCGUCUGCCCAGUUACCGCUUCCGCUACCGCCGCCGCUCCCGCUCUAGCUCCCGCUCCAGCGAGCCGUCGCCGUCGCGGGACGCGUCUCCCGGCGGCGCCGGGGGCCCGGGCUUCGCCUCCACGGACAUCUCCAUGUACACGCUCAGCCGCGACCCGUCCAAGGGCAGCGUGGCCGCGGGGCUGGCGAGCGCCGGUGCCGGCGGCGGGGCGUACGGCGGGGCGGCCGCGGGCGCGGGGGGCGCGGGGGGCGGCGGCGGCGGCGGGGCGGGAGCGGAGCGGGACCGCGCGGGGGCGCCCGGCUUCCUCACGCUGCACAACGCCUUCCCCAAGGAGGCGGGUGGCGGAGUCACGGUCACAGUCACCGGGCCGCCCGCCGCGCCAGCGCCCGCCCCGCCCGCCCCCGCCGCGCCCGCCCCAGGGACCCUAGCCAAGGAGGCCGGCGCCUCCAACACCAACACGCUCAACAGGAAAACCACGCCCGUGUAGGGGCGCGCCUGGGGGCGCGGAGGGGGGCGUGUCCGGGGCGCGUGCGCGGGCGCGCGUGCAACGAGGCUGCCGGGGGUCGGGGGCGCCCCCCUCCUUCCCCGUGAGCGCGCUGGAGACUGCUCGGCCUUCCCCCGCGCCCCCUCCCCGCCCUACCCCCGCCCACCUGGGUGUGGGGGAACAUCCCCCCACCCUCUGAAUCAGGGACCCUGAGGGAGGGGGAAGGGAAGGGAAGGGAGGGGGCCGUUGGGAGCGAGCAUUGUGUUUUAUUUUUUUGUGGGAUUGGGGGGGAGGGGGGAGGGCUUUGGUGUUUUUUGCAGUUUUGAGACGUUUUCUUUUUAAUGUUUUGCUGUGUGCAUGUGGGGGCGGGGCGGAGGGAGGGACUCCCAGCCCAGCCCAACUCCUGGAGAGGGGCCCAUAACACAAGAAUAUAGAGUUAUACCUACAAACUAUAUAUAUAUAUGCUCUAUAUAAAGAGACAGAAAGACCAGAGGGAUGCAGAGAGGCACAGUGCGGUGGGAUGGGCAUGGGCAUUCAUUCACUUCUUCGUUCAUCAUUCCACAAGGGUUUCAAAAACACCUGCCAUGUACCAGGAUGGUGGCUGGGGAGGAAACAAACAGGCCCGGAGACAGACUCGGUCAUUCACUACCAGCUGUUUAUUUGAGUACUUCAGUUCCAAACAUUGUGCUGAAUGCUGAGUCUACAGAAGGGAGGAAGUCAGACUUCCCCAAUGUCUUCACAGAGUUUAUAUCUUGUGCAUGAGACAGACACUAAUCAAAGAACUGCAUACACAACAGUAAGUUACAGUUGGGGCAAAAGAGAAACCCGAAGUGCUACAAAAUCCUCCAGCAGUGAGGCUAACCCAGUUUAAAAGGAAAGGAUAUCCCAGGUAACACUGAAAGGAUGACAAGAAGCCAGUCAGGUGAAGCUGGAGGGAAGUGUCCUAGCCAGAGAACAACACAUGCAAAGGCCCUGGGGCAGGAGGAGCUUCCAGAAAAGGCUAACAUGUAUGUACUGAGCCAGAUGGAGGUGGAACAAGGUGAGACUGGAGAUGUAGACAGGGCCAGACUGCCCAGGGACUUGUAGGUUAGGUCGGGUUUAGAUUUCUUUUUUUAAUAUUUAAAAUUUCAUUUUAGAAUAUUUAUGGAAAAAGAAUCUUAGAAAAUGAAUUUUUUCUCAUGUGGCCAAAACUGGCAAAGAUUGGUGGUGGUUUAGUCACUAGGUUGUGUCCAACUCUUGCGACUUCAUGGACUGCAUAGCUUGCCAGGCCCCUCUGUCCAUGGGAUUCUCCAGGCAAGAAUACUGGAGUGGGUUGCCAUUUUCUUCUCCAGGGAAGAGUUUAAAUUUUAACCCAAGGGCAGCGGGGAACCAUGGAGUAGCUUUAAACGGGAUCAUAACAUGAGCGAUGGGAGGCGGAAACUCAGAGGUGAGAGUGAGAGGCAGAGACGCGUGGAAACAAGCAUCAAACACAGGCACUGACCCUUCACACUCACACUGGUGGGAGGGGGCAGAUGAUUACACAAGACUGAAGCACAGGCCUGGUGCUUUAUGGGCAGGAGAAACACUAGGACUUAGAGAUUCAUGUUUCACUCAUUUAUUAAUUCAGCCAUUCAUUCACUCCUUGACAUUUCUGGACCAGGGAGUGUGCUAGAAUCAGGAUCCCCAGAGCUGCUCCCAAGGAGGAGUCAAAAACAAGACUCCAAGCAGGGUGAUUUUUGGUGCAGUAACAGGGACCAGGAUGGGCACCCUGACCAGAGAAGAAGAGAAAGAGUGCCCAAGUGCCAGGAGUGGGCAGUCCUCAGGGAAACUUCCUGGAGAACCUCAGGCCCAGCCUGGGUUUCCACAGGAUGAGUGAGGAAGGCUUUCAAGGCAGAAGAAUAACUCAAGUAGGGUGGGGGGGAAUUGAAAGAGCAUGAUGUACUGGGGUCAGGACUCCUCCUUUUGGGGUGCAAAAGGUCAGGGUAGGUGUGGGCGGAAAGACCAGAGAAGCAGCUAGAAGCUAGAGUCUAAAUGCACUAGGGUUCCAGGCUGGUGGGUUUGGACUUUAUUCUGAGGGUGAUGGGAAACACAGGAGAGUUUGGAGCAGGUGAAAAGCAGGAUGAGACGUGAGUGUCAGAAGGAACCACCUGGGACGUGGGAAAGGAGUGGAUAGGAUGUUGAUGCUGUGAAAUAGAUGAGACAGGAUGGCAGUUGGGCUGGGAAAGGGCUAGGUGGGUAGAGAAGGUGGGAGGAUGGAUUUGAAGGUCAUUGAGGACACAGAAGGGACCGCACUCACUGCGUUUCUCUUCAUUUGCUCAGCAAGUAUUUCCCAAGACCCCCUGUGUGGCAGGUUCUCUGUUCAGUGAUACUAGGGGGAGCAGGGAGGAUUCAGAGCCUGCCUUGCCCUCCAGGCGCUCCCAGCCUGGUGGGAAGAAAGACGUGAACACAGAUGAGGGGGAAGUGGUUGGCAACGGUGCCAGGCUCCACCAGCUUCUCUCUUGAUAACAUGGAGCAGCAGAAAGCCGUAGAACAGAUGAGGGAUGGGACCACAACUGGGUGUUAGGAAUUUCCCUCUGGGGUCCCUGUGGUGGACAGGAAAGACCGGUGGGAGGGGACCAUGGAAGAAUUCCAUGAGGGCAGUGUUGGAAAGAGAUUCUGGGAAAUGUGGGGAAAGGAAUACAACUCGCAGGACAGAGGGGCACUUACUGUAGUGAUGAUAAAUGGAGAGGACUGGAAGACGUGGCAUUAAAAGACACAAACGGGAGGAGAAGGGAAGCAGAGCUGGCUAGGGGGUAUUGGAUUCUAGUGUCCAAAAGCCAAACAUACAGCAAGACAGAGGUGGAGCAUGAGCAGAAGGCAGAGGGAUGGCGGGGGUGGGGGAGAUCAGGGCAACAGAGGCCCAAACUGAGUGAGUUACAGGGACAGAGGAAAAAAAGACACCAGACAGUGAUCCAGAAAGGAGAGGAAAAGGGGCAGGGGAGGGGCUGGCACAACGAUGCCCAAGUCAGGUCAGAGAAGUCUCAGAGAAGCAAACAUAUACACAUACACAGAGAGAUGGAGGGAGAAAGAUGCAGGGGGAUGUGCCCAGAAAGAAAGGUGGGGAUUCAGAAGCACGCUUAGGGUAUAGGGACGAUCCAUUUCUUUGAUUUGUUUUGGUAUUCAAGAAAUCAUUAUUGAGUGCUCACCUCUUCUAGGCCAGUCUAGGUGCAGCGAAUGUUCAAGGGAACAGAUGGCCAGGGUUUUUACUGUCCUGGAACUCACAGGAGAGACACACAAGAAACAAUAAGGAAUCUCAGUUACAGAGAAGUGUUUCUAAAAUGAAAAGGAAAAAAGGAAAGAGAAUUCCCUGGUGGUCCAGUGGUUAGGAUUCCAAGCUUUCAGCGCCGUGGCCGGGGCUCAAUCCCUGGUGAGAGAACUGACAUCCCACAAGCCACAAGAUGUGUCUAAAAAAAAAAAAAAGUGAAGCAGGACAUGGUGUCUUCAGAUGAGGAACCUCAGGAAGAACCCACUGCAGAGGUAACAAGGGUUGUGAGAAGGAAAGGCACUCACCAAACAUUCUGGCCAAGCAGUGACGCAGAGCCCUGAGAAAGCCACCCAUUUUCAAGAAGACACCAUGGAGGGCAGAGGAAGAAGGGUGAGCAAAUUAGGCUGAGGUCCCGAAGCAUAGUCUGGGGGCCCGUCGUGUGGGGGCUUGUAGCUCUGGGAGGAAAUCUGAAUUUUACUCUAAAUUCAGUGGGAUGAGCAUAAGAAUGACAGCCCCUAUUUUUAUUUAAGAACGAAGUAACAGACCCACAUUGCUGUGCUGAGAAGAGAUUUAGGAGUGAAGGUGGAAGGAAGGAGUUAAGAGGGUGUCGUCCUUUUCCAGCUGGGGCUGCUGCUGGCCUCGACUAAUGUGGAGGAACAGGGCGUGGGAUUGUGGAGGCAGGGUCUAUGGUGGUGGCUGCAAACUGGGUGUAACAGAGGAGGGAAAGAAGAACCAAAGAGAGAGAGAAAAGGGAACGCUUUUAACUGGAUCUGUGAAGCUUGGGUGGUGCUGUUCUGUGCUGCCUGGAAGGGGGUCAUGGGGGAGAAGGGAUUAUGCAGGAGGAGCCAAGCAGCCUCCUUGGGACGAGACAAUCUGAGAUGCCUAUGAGACAUCCAAGCCUAGGUAUCAGAUAGCCAGUUGGACAUUUGAGACUGAAGCUUGGGGGAGAAGUUGUGGUUGGAAAUCUAAGUUUUGGAAAUGUCAGCAGAGAGGAGACAGCAUGUUUAAAGCCCCAGGACUGGAUGAGGUGACCUAGGAGAUGAGUGUGGAGGACACAGAAAGGACCCUGGCCAGGGACUCGGGGUGGGGGAGGCAUCUCUGUGGGGGCGGGAGGAAGGAGGAUGUAGGUAAAGGGGCAAAGAGUGACCAUGAAGUAGGCAGAGACUGUGAAGCUGGCAACCAGCCAAAUGCUACUGAGAAUCAGGAGAGGAUUCAUGGAGCAUGGGUUAGAUAACAUGACUUUGACCGCGAUGACACGUGGCCAUCGCCAUGCAGUGAGGGGGACUGGAGUCCUGCUUGAGUGAGGGGAAGGAAGAGAGUCACAGAGGGGAGGUGGAGGGAAGGUGAGGUCAUCCUUUUGGCAUGAAACUGUCAAGAGCUUUCCGGCCCAAGAAAGCUCACACCCUUUCUGUGAAAGAAGUAGGAAGGGCUGCGUCCGAGAGACAGGAGAAAGACAAAUGCAUGCUGAAAGGACGGAGCCAUGGCCACAGGCGAGACUGAGAGCCAUGGGGAGACCGGGGCAGGAGGGGAGCACAGAGGCAGGGCAGAGGUGCUGCAGGAGGGUGUCCGAUUUCUCAGAAUGGAGACACUGGUCGGUGUCACCCAGCCCAGCUCCCAUCUCACAUUGCCGCCAGCACCGGGCAUCUUCUCGGGUUCCCCUCUGGGUCCUGCCAAGGCCUGGGAAUACCCGCGAGGUGAAGGAAAGAACAAGCUUCACUCAUUCAUUUAAGAAAUAGUCCCUGAGGCCUUCCAGGCACCAGGCCGCACAAUCUCAGUGCUGGGAGCUCAGAUCCACAAACAGGCAGUGCGAUCCAUCAGAUGCAGGGGGAGGUGUGCUCUGAAAUUGGGGGGUGGGGGGCUUCCCUAGCUUGGGAUUGGAUGUUGUGUGUCACCAUCUCCCUUCACCCUUCCAUCUGCUCAUUCAUUCAUUCAGAUCACCCAUGCACACUUCCUAAGGCUUCCCGUGGGCGCAGUUUGGGCUGGGCAGUGCUGAGGAUGGUGAGAUGGUUCCUCUGGCACUGGAGCCUUGCGGAAGGCUCGGACACAUGCCCACAAUCGGAAUCACAUCCCAGGGCGAUGCGUGCCCCAACAGAAGUGGCACAGGGUGGACAGACAGGGUGAGGGUGCACGGGGCCGGCGGGAGCGGCCAGCCAGGGGCGAAGGAGCUGGGGAGAGGUGGGUCCCACCGGGCGGUCCCCGAGGGGCUGAGGCGGGGAGUGGGGUGAUGAUCAGGCCCCGCUGCCACUCCACACGGAUGUCUCGUCCUGUCCCCGGGGGAGCCGGAACUGCAUGGACGGUCCCCCAGGGGUGCCCCGUCUAAUAAACUCGGUGAAGAGGA